AACAACAAUACCAAACGGUGGGGUAAGAAGUGCAAGCGGCCAACCUUUGCCCUGAGGAGUACUCGUGGUUUAGGGGGCACCAAUAACAUCGAUACUGAUCCGUCUCCUCUAAUGGCCCCCUCCUCCACUCUCCCGUAUAUCACUUCACACAUCUAUACCGUCUAUCUCCUCUUUUCCACCACCCUACACCUUUUCCUCCAAAUAUUCCUCUCCCUCCUAUCUCUCCCCGCAACACUGAAUACCCACCUCCUCCACAAUGGCGCGAGAUACCUCGAGGAGCACUACCACACGCCAAACGCUUUCGCUCUGAUCACCGGCGCUACCGACGGGAUCGGUCGGGCAUUUGCGUUGGAACUCGCCGAGAGAGGGGUAUCUCCCACUUCCUGCCUCCCCUCCCCUCCAUCCAACUUGUGCUGAUUUCAUGUCAAAAGUGGAAUAUAAUCCUCCACGGGCGAACACAAGCGCGCAUAAAACCAUUACUAGAACACCUCCGGCAGAAGUACCCCCGCCAGACAUUCCUUCCUCUACCCAUCGACGCAGCGAAUGUUCGAGCUGGGGGGAUCAGUCAAGCGCUACAGGAGCUAGUGCCGGGAGUCUGCGUGACGCUAUUGAUCAACAACGCCGGGGCACUUCCACCUGUAAGGGCAUUCUCGGGAUUAAGUGAUGAGGAGGUGAUCGAUAAUGUGGCUGUGAACGUUACGUUUGGAGCAUUGGUCGUUAAAGCACUGAUGAAUGGGUGGUUUGGCAGAAGGGCUUGCGUGCUCGGGAUGGGGAGUGUUGGGGCCGUCAUGACUUUGUGAAUUUUCACAUCGGGGAAGUCAAGGCCGGGCAAAGGGCUAAUAAUCGAGUGAUAGACCGGGGACCCCAACCUACUCGGGAUCGAAAUCAUUCACUCGUAAAUUCUACGCCUGCUUGCGGACUCAACUAUCUUCACCGCAUCCAGCCUUUGCCACCCCCGCCUCCUCCUCCCCCUCGACGCAGCUGGAAAUCCUCCCGAUAUUAGUUGGAGGAGUACGCACCAAAAUGACGCCCAUAUCUGAAGACGGCAAUAUAUUCUUCCUGACGCCACAAGCAUUUGCCCGACAUGCUUUGGCAAAGGUUGGACUUGGGCGGGAGGUUUAUGGGUAUUUCUGGCACGAAGUGCAGAUGUGGUGCAUUACCAUUUGGCCGGAGGAAGGGGGGAUGAGGGGGUGGGUUAAUAAAGCCAUGAUGCGCGGGGUGGAGAAGCUGAGAGCUGAGGGAUGGAGGAGGUUGAGCGAUGGGGCGAGGAUGGUUGACGGGAGGUUGGUUGAGAGGGGGGAUGGGCAUUGAAAAGGAGUCUAUAGUAAGGCGGCGGGAACAAUGACGAUUGCAAAAGCAAUCCCGAGUGUUAUAGAAGCAUAAAUCUAUAGAUUGCU